ACGAGAAAUCACUGUCAUGGAUCCUGCCGUAACAAUAGAAACCUUAAGAAAAGACCUUGCUGAAGUGAAAUCUGCUUUGGAUCAAAAAAAUUUCGAAGCUGUUUCAGCUGAAGCUCAACAGCAGUCAAAUUUAUUAAAUAACAUCACCUUGGCAAUUGCCAUCACAGGAAGAUCAGGUGCUGGGAAAUCAUCUUUUGUCAAUGCCCUGCGAGGAAUGAAAGAUCGUGGGGAGGGUGCAGCUCUGACGGGGGUGACAGAAACAACAAUGGUACCACAAGAAUAUUCACACCCCACAUUCCCCAAUUUCAAAAUUUGGGAUCUACCAGGAAUUGGAACAACUAAAUUUAGUGCAAAGGAAUACCUAACGAAGGUCAAUUUCAGCAAUUAUGAUUUUUUCAUCAUCGUCUCCUCGGGACGCUUCACUGAAGAUGACACCAAAUUGGCUCUUGAGAUCCAGGAAAAUAAUAAGAAAUUCUACUAUGUGCGCAGCAAAGUGGAUAUCGAUAUAGAUAAUGACAGGCGGUCAAAAGGCAUUGAUGUGGGGGACACCCAUGAGAUGAUGCAGUCUGAGAAGGAAACUCUUGAAACUAUACGGAAAGAUAGCUAUAAUAAUUUGAAGGCGUUAGGUGUGUCUUCUCCAAGGGUCUUUCUGAUAUCGAGGUGGGAUUUGAGCAAGUAUGAUUUCCCCCUGCUUCAAGAGACCUUUGAAAAGGAACAGGAUGAAAUCAAGAGAGAUGUUUUAAUUUUGUGUCUUCCAAUUUUAACAAAAGAUAGCCUUAAAAAGAAAAAGGCUGCUAUGGAGAGCCUGAUAUGGAAAAAAGCAAUGGUGAGUUGUAGUGUUGGGUUGAUUCCUGUCCCAUUCCUUUCGCUUGGUUUUGACGUUGGCAUUGUGGUUUCGACAAUGAGGGAUAUCUGCAAAGUUUUUUGUUUGGAUGAAAAUUCCCUCAAUAUACUAGCAAACCGAGUGGGGAAAGAUGUUGAGGAGUUGAAAUCUGUUAUUGAACAUACCCCAAGCACUGGUAAGAUCACGACAGAAUUCAUCAUGGAUUUCUUGAAGAGGUCACCAGUGUGGGGAACAAUCACAGCAGUAGAGCUGGUUCUGGAUUUCAUACCCCUGCUGGGGGCUCUCUAUGGUGGGGGCAGUUCUUUUGCUACCACAUUCUACAUGCUGAAGAAUUUCCUGGAAAACGCUGUGAAAGAUGCAGAGAAAGUUCAGGCAAAGGCUGCUGAGCCUAAGAGACGCAAGUAAACAGCCAAUACAUCUACCUGGGAAGAGACAUCCAGGUACAACAUGCAUUAUCUCAACUUUCUCCAACAGCA